GCUCGGAGGCCACACUCCUGUGGUAUGGGGAAAUCCUGCGGUACGAUUUUGAUAGUGAGGAACACUCCUCUUGUGGUCAAUUUUGCCAAGUGGUUUGGGACGAGACCAAGUGGGCUGGUUUCGGAUUGGCCAAGUCCGCGGACGGGCAGAGCGUCUACGUUGUGGGUCAUUACUUCCCGCCGGGAGACUUCGCCAAUCAGCAGUCCUCUCACGUGCCUCGACCGUUAUCCGGCCAAAAUCAGGUGGUGGCCUACAGAAAUGCCAUGCUGCGGGCCCAAAACGCCUUCAGAGAGGGGAGAGGUCUGCCAUCGUUGAAAAGGAGCUGGGAGUUGGAAGAACUUGCUCAGAAGUACGCUGAGGGUCUCAAAUCUGGCCACGAUGGCAUAGAUCGUGAAUGGAAAUUAAAUGGCGCAGAUCUCGGUCAAAACGUCAUGGUGUCUCGAUGCUCUCUCGCUAGUCGUAUCACCAAAACCGUCCCCAAGAUCACCACCGCCAUCAACAUCAACACCUCUGGCAUCACGAACGACCUAACCCCUUCAAAGACAAUAAACAGUAGCACUAGAGCCGCCAUCACCACGUACAGCAGCAGCAGCAGGAGUACCGGAACCACCACAACCACUAACACCAACAGCACAACCACUGGCAGCACUAUCAACACCACCACCAACACUACUCUUAAUACCCCCACCACCAUUCCUGGCACCACUAAUAGCACCAGCAUCACCACCAGCACCAUUACUACAGUCACUGGCACCACCGGCACCAUCACUCCCACUCCCACAACUACUCGCACCACCAAUAUCAUCACCACCAGUACUACCACCGACAGCACCAACACCACUCGCACCCUUGCCAUCAUAACUGCCAUCACCACACCACCAUUAUCACUACCUCUGGUGCCACAACUAGCACCAGCAUCAGCACCAGCACCAGGACUACAACCACUGGCACCACCGGCACCAUCACUCCCACUCACACAACUACUAGCACCAGCACCAUCAUCAUCACCAUACUACCACCGACAGCCCCAACACCACUCGCACCCUCGCCAUCAUAACUGCCAUCACCACAUCACCAUUACCGCCACCUCUGGCGCCACAACCAGCACCAGAAUCACCACCAGCACCAGGACCAUGACCACUGGCACCGCCGCCAUCAUCACUGCCAGUAUCACCACCAAUACCACCCUUGGCACCAAUACCCGAACCACCAGCGCCAUCACCAAUACCACCAUGAAACCCAAAAUUAUUACCACCACUGGUACCACUACUGGCAGCAAAACAUAG